CAUAAGCCUUUUAGGACAGCAAAGUUGAAGCCGUUUGUUCCACAACUCGACUGUCUUUUAUUUCUUCUGCAUACCUGCAGCUUGAAGAGUUGCUGUCAAAGUGCAUCAGAGCACGGAAGUAACUGCAGCGGUCUAUAGAGGAAGUAUGUCGCUCUCUUUGCGUUUGGCAUGUCUGCUCCUGACUGCUUUCUGUGCCAGCGUUUGCCUCGCCAAACCUGCUCCAUUCAACGUGUCCAUGGAGGGUAGCGGUGACGAACCCGAACUCAUCUUCCCCAUCGCUCGAACCACCCAUGUUCCCCCAUCCCCAUCUCCAUCUCCAAACAUCACAACCACUUUCAUCCGCAUCAAAGACUUCAUCUUCAACCAGGUGGUGGAUUUCCUGAAGGAGAACUUGCUGCUCAUUAUUGUGGUGACUGCGCUGCUGAUCGUCAUCAUCUUCAUUGUCUGCUGCGCCUCAGCUAUGAGUCACAAACGCAAACUUGAGGCCUAUUAUCCUCCAAAAACCUACGCUCCCAGAAAAUACAUCGACCAACCGAGUAAAGCUAUGGGGCAACCUCAUAACCAGGAUGGCAAGAUAACCACUGCAAAGACUCUGCGAGAACCUACGAAAGCACUGGUGGGGGAGAAGGAUGGAAAAGAGCCACGUGCCAAGCCAAAAGAGGUCCAAAAGGUGGAGGAUGUUGAAGUGGUGGAGAUGCAGAAAGAUGAGCCCAAGAAGAAAGAGGAGCCUCUGCCAACCACCUCAAACAGUCAACCACUGGUCUGUACAUGCCAUCUUAGAAAGGCCAAUCACAGCACAGCAUGAGGGCGUUUACUGCAACCAUUGACCAUCAUUCCAAAUGUUUUCUACUAUUAGAUAUCAAGAUUCAUGAAUCUUUUGGUAGAUGUGAAGCCCUCACUCGCUUUGUCAGUGAGUAUGUUUCAACUCUAUGCACCACCCGUCAACGUGAUUUUGCCAAGUUAGACCGGUCUACAAAAAAAUCUUAAGUGACACACAUGACAAAAAUGAAUAUAAUUUGUAUUGUCGUCAUUUAAAAUGCAGUAAAUGUUUAAACAUUUAUUUGACUUCCAUGGACUUCUUUUAUGAAAACCGCAUUUUAGCCAAAUCUCAAAACUGUCCUAUGGUGUAGAAAAAACGUAAAAUCCUUCAUAUAUAAAUACCUCAGGUCUAAUUUUACAAGUGGCUAUUUUCAUAAUUAUCAAUCCUUUUUUUUUUGCUCAUAUAUUUCUAAAAACAUUGAAACCAUGUCCUCUGGUGUUACACUAUGCUAAUUUAAAUCAGCAAUUCUUCUGAAAACUUUUAUUAGUUAAAGUACCCCUUUCAAGUUCAUGUGACUGAAGUCGCCUGUGAAGUCAAAAUUAUGUUUUGUUGUCCCUUUUCAACAAGCCUGAAAGGUAAUGGAUAAAACAUUAUAUUAUUCAUAAUUUCAUCAUUUACAUCGUAGAAAUGUGUCCAACAAUGAAGAUAAAUUGCUCUCACAUUAUUUGUGUAUUAUUAAGUGUUGUUUUUCUUAAUUUUUGCUGUCACACCAUAACAAAUUUUAUGGUACAAUUCAGUAAAAAAAGAAUUGAUAAAGUCAGUGACCGCUUUAUAUUUUCUCAAACAUCAGACUUCAAACUACAAAAAAUCUAUUAAAAAAUCAAUGGUGCUUUACAAAAAAAAGGAUUUUUUUUACCAUCUAUUUGUCGUCUACCCACAUUCCUGUCUAAUAAUAUGAUCUUAAUCCAGCCUGAUCUCAUGAGGAAACGUAACUAUUUUGCGUUUUUUCAGUUUAGUGGCUAAUUCUUAUGAGUUCAGCCGUACAAAAUUUACAAUUUUGAGAAAAAGGUGGCGGGGCAAAACCCAACUGUCAUUGGGGGAUGACCAAAUCAAAAUAAAUUGUAUGAAUGAGAAUUUAUACGAAUUAGCUAAAUCAAACUAAAUCAAAAAGUUACAAAUUUGCCGUGAGAUUGUGUUGUCCUAAACCUGUUCCCAUCCAAACCACAAUUUAUCCCUAAAAUCAGAGAUAAAUGAUAGGUGAAUAAGAACAGUGUACAAGCCCAUGUUGUAAGACUAAACUUGGCAUUAAGUAUCACUAAAAUUUAUUGGUUGAUUGGAAUGUUGAUCCAGCACAAUGUUCUACUUGGUGAAAUCAUGUUAACCUUGUAGGCCCUAUCAGAGGAAGAGUGGAAAUAAAAUGUUUGUGAAUGCUUGUCUUAAUUACUGUUUCUUUUAAUCUUUGUGGUGUAAUGGUGUAUUAGACCAAAUUGCUACUUGACAGUUCUAAUGUUCAUAUGGAAAAUAAAAAGGUGUAGGCAACAAUCCAAAACUUGAAAUUAUAAUUUUGUGAAUCACGUUCUGAGAGUUCAAUGUCAUUUCAAACUGUUCCUUCACAUUCACAUUCCUUCAAGUUGUUUUACAAAUGAAAUAUGCAUGAUAAUCUAUAAAUUAUGUUGUUUUCUGAAGCUGUUGUCUGGUUUUGUACUUGCUUUGUUAUUUCUAUCUUAAUUUCAUGACUUUCUUCAGUAUUGUUUUUAUCAGGUUUAAGUGAUUUUGUCUUAUGAAUAAAUGCUCAAAAAACCUGUCCUGCUCAGUUGCGUGCAUAUAUGUUUGUGUAUGUGAUGAUAAAGUUGUAAGAAAUGUGAUUAUUU